UGUUCAUUUGUUUCAAUAUCUUUAGUCACCAUUUAAAUUAAUCAAGUUUUAUUUUCUAUGUUUCUAACACCUUUUUUGGUUGAUCGUAUUGAUUAAGUUCAAUGUAACAAGAGUGAAAAACAAUUGUCAAGGUAACAUUGAACGUGGACAAAUUUACCUUUCAAUUUAAUGGAAUCAAUUUGCAACCUUAAAGAUAAUCAUCUUACCUAUUUUAAUCUUCCUUCUGGUUAAUUGAUUAUUCCAUAAUUACAUCUUAAUUUCCUGUUGAUCAGUUGUUUAACUUUCUCGAAUUUUUGUUCGAUCGUCAAAAAGAUGGCUUGUUCAUCGGAUGAUGAAAAUGAAGGUUCAGUUAAAUCACUUCUCUUACCAGAGAAACGUAUUAAAGGUCGAAGAUGGACAUUCCCAGUUCGUUAUGUUUUCCUCGUGAUGGCCUUUCUUGGUUUCAAUAUUCUUUACUCACUUCGGGUCAACUUAAGUGUGGCGAUCGUCACAAUGUCCAAGGAAGUGACCAACUCGAGCGAAGUCGUGGUUAAAACUGAAUGUUAUGAUCCAGAUGCUAAAAGCUUCGAUAAAAUGGAGAAGAUGUUACAUCUUUAUCCAUUGCAGGGAAAUGAUACUCAACUGACCACCGGGGAAUUUGAUUGGAACGCUAAAGUUCAAUCUUAUAUCGUUGGAAGUUUUUUCGUGGGCUAUGUUAUAACUCAAAUACCUGCAGGUCGUUUAGCUGAGCGAUACGGUUCUAAAAGGCCACUUGCAGCUAGCAUUUUAUUGGCAUCAAUUUUUACUCUUCUCUGUCCGAUUGCUGCUCGUUUUCAUUAUUUAGCUUUUAUGGGUUGUCGUGUUUUAAUUGGUCUUUCAGAGGGUAUGUUUUUCCCUUCAAUGCAUUCAAUGUGUGCCCGUUGGUUUCCCAAAUCAGAUCGUUCAUUUAUGACUGCAAUUAUUUAUAGUGGAGCACAAAUUGGAACCAUGAUCACUAUGGUUGCUACCGGUUAUCUUGAUGAUUCAGGUCUUUUCGGUGGAUGGCCAUCAGCAUUUUACGUUUUCGGUUCAAUUGGUCUUAUUUGGUUCGUUUUAUGGACUUUACUUAUAUACGAGUCUCCGUUGGAGCACCCGUAUAUCAGUGAGGCAGAAAUUCUGUACAUUGGUACCACACAAAAUGGCGAAAAGUCUAGAAAGUCUGGUAAUACUCCUUGGCUGAAAAUCGUGACUUCACCCGCAGUUUGGGCUUUGGUCGCCGCUCAUUUUGGUCAAAAUUGGGGAUUCUAUACAUUGCUAUUCGAGUUACCCAAUUAUCUCAAGACAAUUCUAGGAUUGGACAUUAAAGAGAAUGGUCUAAUUUCGGGUUUACCUUAUCUUAUACAAGCGAUUGCUGGUUGGUUUGCUGGUUAUGUUUUCGAUGUUAUGAUUAAAUCAAAUGUAAUUUCGAUAAAUUGUGCUCGUAAAAUCGCCAAUACCGUUGGUCUUGUUGGUCCAGCGAUUUGUUUGGUUGGAUUAACAGUUGCCAAAUGUCACUUUAAUUAUAUUGUUGGUGCGCUUUUCCUCGCGAUGGCUUUCAAUGGGUUCACUUAUUCGGGCUUUAACAUUACCCAUGUUGACAUGUCUCCCGAUUAUGCUGGAACUCUGAUGGGAAUAACCAAUUGUAUUGCCAAUUUCGCUGGAGUUUUAGCUCCACUUUAUGUCGGUGUAAUGACCAGUAAAGAGGUUUCAUUGGAAAGCUGGUCUUGGGUAUUUUACACAUCAACGAUUGUCUAUUCAGUCACUUCGAUAAUUUUUGUCCUCUUUGGAUCAGCGGAACUUCAACCAUGGGGACUAGCAAAAUCAAAUAGGAAAACAUCAGAACCAUGAAAACACCAUGAAGACAGACAAAUAUGAGAAAAUAUUACUCGAGGAAAAGAUGAAAUUGAAGUUCAUUGCAAUACAUGUUUUUAAAUAAUCUUAAUCUUCCAAUUUUCAUGCUAUCGUUCAAUUUUUGGCCUUGAAUCUCAGUUCUCUAAACUUGAUCUUCCGCCUUCAUAGGCCACUCUUUUGCUUCCUUUUCUCUCUUUCUCCGAUUGAUUAAUCAUUCCAAUUCAACUUCAUCCAUGUCAAUCAAAUUUGACCAUUUCUAAAUUUAUUAUUUUGGUAAAUCAAUGUUGACCGUUGAAAAUGUUAACCCAUCAAAGUUUCAUUGUAAUCAAUUUAAAAAUUGCUUGUUAAUUGUUCUUAAAGAAAAACUGUUAAUAUUUAUUACAAUUGUAAAAAAAAAUCUCUCAAAUCUAAAGUAAUUGUUGAUUCAA